GGUGGGGCGGGGCCUCUCGGGGCGGAGUCUUCAGGGGGCGGACGCGUGGCCUUGCUGCGGCGGCGGCGUGAUGGCGGAGGCGGCUUUGGACGCUGUGCGGAGGGAGUUACGAGAAUUCCCGGCCGCCGCAAGGGAGCUCAGCGUGCCUCCUGCCGUGCCCUACCUGGACGAGCCCCCGACUCCGCUCCACUUCUACCGCGACUGGGUCUGCCCCAAUAGGCCCUGCAUCAUCCGUAAUGCCCUGCAGCACUGGCCAGCUCUGUGGAAGUGGUCCUUCCCCUAUCUCAGAGCCACAGUGGGCUCCACAGAGGUGAGCGUGGCUGUGACCCCCGAUGGCUAUGCCGAUGCCGUCCGAGGGGACCGCUUUGUGAUGCCAGCUGAGCGCCGCCUGCCCCUGAGCCACGUGUUGGAUGUGCUAGAGGGCCAGGCCCGACACCCGGGGGUCCUCUACGUGCAGAAGCAGUGCUCCAACCUGCCCACCGAGCUGCCCCAGCUGCUGCCUGAUCUCGAGUCCCAUGUGCCCUGGGCCUCUGAGGCAUUGGGAAAGAUGCCUGAUGCUGUGAACUUCUGGCUGGGGGAGGCGGCUGCAGUGACGUCUUUACAUAAGGACCACUACGAGAACCUCUACUGUGUGGUCUCAGGGGAGAAACGAUUCCUGCUACACCCACCCAGCGACCGGCCCUUCAUCCCCUAUGAGCUGUACACACCAGCGACCUACCAGCUAACUGAAGAGGACUCCUUUGAGAUAGUGGAUGAAGAAGCCAUGGAGAAGGCAAAGAUUCCUGGGACCUGCUUGCUCACCGUUCGUGUCCUGCAGGCCCAUGGCCUGCCCUCAAAGGAUCUAGUGACCCCCUCUGACUGCUAUGUGAGUCUGUGGCUGCCCACAGCCUCUAGCCACAGGCUCCAGACACGCACGGUCAAGAACAGCAGAAACCCCAUCUGGAAUCAGAGCUUUCGCUUUCGAAUCCACAGCCAGCUCAAGAAUGUCUUGCAGCUGCAAGUCUUUGACCAGGACCUUCUGACCAGUGAUGACCCCAUGUUGUCAGUGCUGUUUGACUUGGGGACUUUGCAGGCUGGGGACUUUCGCCGAGAGAGCUUCUCACUGAACCCUCAGGGUGAGGAGCGGCUAGAAGUUGAAUUUCGGCUGCAGAGACUGACAGACUGUGCUGAGCAGCUCGUCAGUAAUGGCAUCCUGGUGGCCCGGGAGCUCUCCUGCUUGCAUGUUCGACUGGAGGAGGCAGGGGAUCAGAAACAGUCUGAGGGCAGAGUUCAGCUUGUGGUUCCUGGGUCCUGUGAGGGUCAACAGGAGGCCUCCGGAGGUGCUGGCCCCGUCUGCUUCCAUUGCCCGGCCUGCUGGGAGCAGGAGCUGGGUAUUCUUCUGCAGGGUGCCCCUCAAGAGCAACUGAAGGUGCCCCUAAGCGCCUUGCCCUCCGGCCAAGUAGUGAGGCUUGUCUUCCCUACAUCCCAGGAGCCCCUGAUGAGGGUGGAGCUGAGAAAAGAAGGACCAAGGGAGCUUGCGGUGCGCCUGGGCUGUGGCCUCUGUGCGGAGGAGCAGGCCUUCCUGAGCAGGAGGAAGCAGCUGGUGGCCAGAGCCCUAAAGCAGGCCCUGCAACUGGAUGAUGACCUGCAGGAAGACGAGGUCCCCGUGGUCGCUGUCAUGGCCACCGGCGGUGGGAUCCGGGCAAUGUUGUCCCUCUACGGGCAGCUGGCCGGACUGAGGGAGCUGGGGCUCUUGGAUUGUGUCUGCUACAUCACAGGGGCCUCAGGCUCCACCUGGGCUUUGACCAACCUCUAUGAGGACCCAGAAUGGUCUCAGAAGGACCUGGCGGGACCCACCGAGUCCCUGAAGACACAGGUGACCAAGAGCAAGUUGGGCGUGCUUGCCCCCAGCCAGCUGCAGCGGUACCAGCAGGAACUGGCUGAGCGGGCCCGCCUGGGCCACCCGUCCUGCUUCACCAACCUGUGGGCCCUCAUCAGUGAGGGCCUGCUGCACGAGGAGCCCUGUGACCGCACACUCUCAGACCAGCGGGAGGCCCUGAGUCGGGGCCAGAACCCUCUGCCCAUCUACUGUGCCCUUAACACCAAGGAGAAGGGCCUGACCACCUUUGAAUUUGGAGAGUGGUGCGAGUUCUCCCCGUAUGAGGUUGGCUUUCCCAAGUAUGGUGCCUUCAUCCCCUCUGAGCUUUUCGGCUCUGAGUUCUUCAUGGGGCGCCUGACCAAGCAACUUCCUGAGUCCCGAAUCUGCUUCCUCGAAGGUAUCUGGAGCAAUCUGUAUGCAGCCAACCUCCAGGACAGCUUAUACUGGGCCUCAGAGCCCAGCCAGUUCUGGGACCGCUGGGCACAGGAUCAGGCCAGCCGGGACAAGGAGCAGGUCCCUCUUCUGAAGAUAGAAGAGCCUCCCACGGGGACCGGAAGGAUUGCAGAGUUUUUCACUGAUCUUCUGACACGGCGCCCACUGGCCCAGGCCACCCAUAAUUUCCUGCGUGGCCUCCAUUUCCAUAAGGACUAUUUCCAUGAUCCUUACUUUUCCACCUGGAAAGCCACCAAACUGGAUGGGUUCCCCAACCAGCUGACACCUGCUGAACCUCACCUUUGUCUGCUGGAUGUUGGCUACCUUAUCAACACCAGCUUCCCACCCCUUCUGCGGCCCACGCGGGAUGUGGACCUCGUCCUGUCGCUGGAUUACAACCUCGAAGGAGCCUUUCAGCAGCUGCAGCUUCUGGGCCGGCUGUGUGGGGAGCAGGGCAUCCCAUUCCCACCCAUCUCGCCCAGCCCUGAGGAACAGCACCAGCCUCGCGAGUGCCACUUGUUCCUAGACCCAGACUGCCCCGACGCCCCGGCGGUGCUGCACUUCCCUCUGGUGGACAACUCCUUCCGGGAGUAUUCGGCCCCGGGCAUCCCACGGACCCCAGCAGAGAAGGUGGCUGGGGAGGUGAACCUGUCUCCCUCCGACUCUCCCUACCACUACUCGAAGCUGACCUACAGCCUGGAGGACGCAGACAAGCUGCUCCGCCUGACCCACUACAACAUCUGCAAUAACCGGGAGCAGCUGCUGGAGGCCCUGCGGGGUGCCAUGCUGCGGAGGCGACAGCGCCGGCACCACCAACCCCAGUGAGGGUGUGGGGGGGCGGGCUCAGGGCUUCCCCCCGCCCCCCCUCGGGCCCCUCAGACUCGCACCCAGGAGACCCUGGUGGACAGGAAGAGUUGGGGCAGAUACUCCUUACCCACGGUUCCAGAGCCCCUGGGGCCUAGAGGGCCUAGCCAUGGCCCCCUUGCCCUCCGAGGGGCUUCGCCAGGCCAUGUGCCCAGCACCACCCAGACCGGGCCCCACAGCCACCAGCAGCCUUGUCCCCUACAUGGGCUGGGAGCCUGAGCGGCUUAGAAAGGCUGGGCCUGGUCUCCUCAGGGCAGAGAUGGCUCCCUCUUCAAGCAAAGAGAACAUUUAGAGGGCCUGUGGUCACCCGAGGUAGACAUGGGGGACAAUAGCUUGAGCCCAGAGCGGUAUGGAUCCUAGUUGUGGAAGCGCUCAAAGCCCUGGUCCCCUCUCCCCUAGAUCCCUUGAGUAACUGUACUGUGUAAAAUAAAGCGGUUUAUAUAUCACAGAGGCUCAUAUAAAUGUGAGGUGGGAACAGGUGACAUCAUGCCAGGCUCGUGGUUACACAUAACAAGGACUAGUUUGAAAAAGCUCUUGCCAGACCCCAUCCAGAGCUAGCGAAUAGGUGCAUCUGGACUUCCCCUGAGGAGAAGACCACAUGUGCCCUGUUGGGGCCACCCUUUCUAAGCAGUGGGGAGGCCUGUUUGGCCCAGGGGGUUCUGCUGUGGGAACCCUGGCCCUGCACAGGUGAGUGGACACACAGGCAGUGGCAGCUGGCACCCCUGUCCUCCUCCCCCCAUCAGACGGCUGCUUCUGGUCCCACAGCAGGGGUGGCCACACCUGUGAUCAGAGGAGCCACAGGAACGAGAGAGUGACCUCCUACAGCAAGCUGUGUGGUCUUGGGUGAGGGCUGCCUCUUAACAAGGAACUAUCUGUUCCAGACCUUGGUCCUGGUAGCAGAGUCUCGGGCUGGUCUCCUAGAGAUUGUCCUUGUUGGUAGCCCUGAGGUUUGUUGCCACCUCAGGGUUUAGUUCAGGGUCCUGACCUGUUGGGGGAAUAGGAAGGCGGAGUGAACUUAGGGCUUGGCCUCCCUUAGAACAUUCCACCUCCUGCUGGUGCUGGGGUUGUGGCUGACAGGCAGCUGCAAGACUGACUAUACGUAGUGUGCAGAGGGUAGAGGGGAGAGAACAGGUUCUUGUGACCCAACUCCCCCUGUUUGCUCUGGCCCACUGAUGCUUGGGCCCUGCCUAGGGCAUGUAGCUAGUGUCACAGUGGAAAAAAAUGGGGGCCCUGGAAGCCUUAGACGCCACCAUCCAGGGACAAAGCCUAUUCAUUCAGCAACAUGUUCUCUGGAUUUGAAAGUGGAGCCUGUGUGCCAGAGACCACAGCCAUGGCCGCCUUCUGAGGUGCUGGAAACGCUCCUCGGGUCUGACCUGGGGUGUCUGUCUCUGCGGGAGUCUGUGUGAGGGUGUGUGUGAAGGGUGACAGCCUGAUUUCUGGCCUGCUCGAGGAUAGUAAGGUUCCCCUUUCCUGUUGGAACAGGGAAGAGCCGGAGAGAGGGCAGAGUGCAGGCCAGAUAUGGCUAGCCAGCAACCCAUCUUCUGUCUUGGACAGGAAGAGGAGGCCAAGAAGUGAGCCGGGGUGGACGCCCAGGGUAUCCUUACCUUGGGCCUGGCCAGGGGAGGGAAGGGAGGGUGAGCCGGGGGCAGGUGCCUGGGCAGGGCCCUCAGCCUGCAGGAACUCCAAGGGUUGUGGCUGGCUGUGAGUGCUCACAGGCAUCUCCCUCAGUGAUGAAGUCCGGGGACAGGCGUGGAAUCUGUGAGGAAAAGGACCCUCAGGGCCUGGAUUCUGAGCAGAGGCUCAUACCCAAUUGGGAGGGUGGGUGCUAGGAUUUUCUAUUGCUGAGGGUUUCAAAUACGGGGGUUACCCCAUACUAUGGCAGAUCUGAGUCUCCAGAUCUUGGGCUUAAGAGGGAUGCAGCUGUGCCAAUCAUGGGGCUCAGGACCCCCCCCCCCCCCACAUCCACAGGUGCCCUACCUGAGUGGGGCGGCCAGGCCGGGCACGCCCUCAGCAGUGUGCUCAGCAGGGAAGCCCCCCGGUCUGGCUGGGUGCUCCAGGCUCAGGCUGUGGGCUGCAGAGCAAAGGGAGAUCAGUGGUCAGUCCCGGCCCCUGUGCUAGGCCUUCUGUAGUCAGCAGACUCCCUGCAUGUUUGUGUCCCCCCCCCCCCCCCCCCCACAGAGUCCUACAUGGAAAUGCUAACGCUAAGGGGAUGAUAUUGGGAGGUGAUUAGGUGAUGAGAGGGGAGCCCUUACAGAAACCCCAGAGAACAACCUAGCCCCUUCCACCAAGUGAGACAGAGGGCUCCCCUCACGACCUGCAAGACGGCUCUUACCAGACCCCGAAUCUGGUGGCACCUUGAUGGUGGACUUCCCAGUCUCUAGAACUGUAAGAAAUAAAUGGUUCUGGUCUGUUA